AUGUCUAAAGGUGGAAGGCCUGUAAAUCUGUAUUCUGAUAACACAACGAAUUUUCGAGGUGCAGCAACCUACAUAAAAGACCAAUCAGUGCUUCUCAAUUCUGCUAAAAUUCAAAACUUUGCAGCUCAAGAAUCUAUUGUAUGGCAUUUUAUCCCACCUUCAGCUCCACAUUUUGGAGGACUGUGGGAGACUGGAAUCAAAUCUGCGAAGCAACAUUUAUUGAAUGUUUGCAAGUCAGCUAUCUUAACUUUUGAGAACUUUACUACUCUAGCAAUACAGAUUAAAGCAUGUCUGAAUUCUAGGGCACUGACUCUUCUUUCUUCAGAUCCUCAGGAUUUAGAACCGCUUACUCCAGGACUUUUUUUAAUAGGUGCUCCUGUAACUUCCUUUCCUGAGAAAGGCUCAACAAAGUCUCUUUGCUUAAAGUCAAGAUAG